AUGUACAAUCGUAAUAAAUACGGACAAGCUCGAAGGCGGCUUGCUGCUGUAACUUUUUUAUCUAACAUUUCAUUAGAUGGUACUUUCAAGGAUACGGAAUUAUGCCAAACUAAAGUUAAAGAUAAUCAAAACUAUGCUCACAAGGACGGUUUAUGUAACAGUGUCCAAAAUCGUACCAAAGUACCUCAGAAAAGUCCCAUUCAAAAAGGUAGUGGUGAUAAUCUAUCAUUAAGUUCAGAUUCCGACCAAGCUACCGCAACCCCAGUUAAAGGAAUAGGUUAUAAUUCGAUCCGAGAAAGGUGUUCAUCGGGAAAUACUGAAUCAUUUAAAGAAAGACACUCGUCUGUAAGAGUCAGGAAAAUUGCUACACAGGAUGACAAAAGCAGCUCAGAAAGCCUAAAUUUUGGUCGUUAUAGAACAAAUAGUACUUGCGUGUCAGAAAAACUGUGCAGCAAAGAACUGAGACAUAUAAAACCUUUUAAAGGUGUAUCCUUUAAAGAUGAGAGACUCGCAUUUGUUCCUGGCCAAGGAGCCCCUUGUGCUUUAUUUAGUACUAUACCUUAUUCUAAAACAAUUAGGGGGGUGCGCUCUGACUUAAGGAAAGAAGGUGUUCGAAGACGUAAUACGUCUGGACCAAGGCCUCUAUCUUCUAUUACUGAUAAUGGAGUGGACCCGUUUGAUUUACUGGGAUUGGAAAGAGAGGAGAAUGGUCAAGAAAUAUCUUAUUCAAAGUUACUUAUACCUACAAGAGUUUGUACUCGUGAACAAUACAAAAAAAUGUAUGAAGGAGAUUUUAGUGACAAAACUACUUGGAAAGUUAUGAAUCGUCCUCAUGUCAUUGCAAGGACUAAGUUAUUGACGAGACACACGGAUAAAAAAUGGUGUUUCUCAUAUGAAUCAUCCCAACGAGCUACAACAGCAUCAUCACCACCCCACUCAUCAAUAGAGAAUAAAACCUUUGAUUGGGAUGAGACUGCAAUCAUCGCUCAGAAAUAUGUACAAUAUUGUCCCAAUGUUCUCGACGAUCCUGAAUUAAUCGCUGGAAAACAUAGAACUCUACUCACAUUUACUUCGUAUAUGACAUCUAUUAUCGACUAUGUUCGACCUCAAGAUUUGAAAAAGGAGCUUAAUGACAAGUUCAGAGAAAAAUUUCCGCAUAUCAAGCUGACUUUGAGCAAACUCAGAAGUAUAAAAAAAGAAAUGAGAAAAAUCGCAAAGCACGAUAGUGGUGGUAUAGAUUUACUAUCGGUGGCCCAGGCGUACGUUUACUUUGAAAAAUUGAUACUUGCAAACCUGAUAAAUAAAGACAACAGAAAACUUUGUGCCGGAGCUUGCUUGUUGCUGUCGGCUAAACUAAACGACGUCAAAGGCGAAAUGUUAAAAGCACUUAUUGAUCGCAUCGAGACGACGUUCCGAGUGAACAAGAAGGACCUGAUAAAGUUCGAGUUCGCGGUGCUCGUGGCGCUGGAGUUCGGGCUGCACGUGCCGCCGUACGCCGUGUUCCCGCACUACCAGCGCCUGCUGCACGAGGCGUGA